AAGAAUGUACAAAUAACCGGAUUCGUGUGAAGUAGGUAUAAACAAACCGAUGCGCAGACAGUCGUUGUCAAGAUUAUGAAGGUGUAUAUCGUAUGGGCACUCAUUAUACAGAGCGCUGUCCUUGCGCUAGGAAAUGGUGGAAUUAAGCCGGACGUCAGGGGGUUUUUACUCCGUCUGAGUGCACUUGACGGUCCACCGACUGUAAUGGAUUACGACGCUGAAGAAGAACGGUUAAAACGCUCUGAUGAUUACUCUGAUGAAGGCGGUUUCGUGCCCAAGAAAGGGAAUGGAAAUGACGAUGAUUUUAUUGCUAAUAUACAGUCAUGUGCCGGGGGUUACGCCAGAGCGCCUUGGGGUAAAUGCAUCCCCUGUGCAGAAUACGAAAAAAAAUUUCGCGUUCGAUGCCCCUAGGACUUACCUAAUGUUUGAAUUAAAUUAAAAA